AUGGAAAUUGUUCACGGCAAAGCGAUGGCCUAUUCUGACCUUUCGCUAAAGCACCGUAACAAAGGACUGGCCUUCAAAUACCUAUUCAUUGGUCAGGAAGGCACCCCCGAGAACUACCUAUUUGCCCUUGUCCGGUCAAUUGGAUUUUUCUCUCCACGCCACAGGCACAACUUUGACCAGUUCCGUUACGCUUACAAGGGGGAUAUUUCCAUCAGCCCUGAUAAAUAUGCAACUGAGGGGGAGCUUGCCUACCAUCCCGAAGGCGUCUACUACGGACCGCAGCAGGACUCGGAUGGGGAGCGGGUUGUUCUCAUUUUACAGUUUGGUGGAACAAGUGGGCAAGGUUUUCUUUCCUACCGUCAGCUAGAAGAGGGGCAGAAAGAGCUUGCCCAGCUCGGCCACUUUGAGGGCGGUAAAUUCUAUCGAACCGGAAGACAAGACGACGAUCCGCCACAGGAUGGAUAUGAAGCCCUGUGGGAGAAAUUCAACGAUCGAUGUCUCACAUACCCGCCUGGUCGCUACAAGGACCCUGUCAUCAUGAGUCCGGUCAAUUACACGUGGCACCCAGCGGACAAACCGGCAAAUAUAGAUGGGAUGGUGUUUAAGAAGACACUUGGGGUGUUUACUGAGCGUGAAACCCGAGCGGAGAUGAUACAGAUAAAAAAGAGUGGCCGAUUCCCCGUCACUUCGGCAAAUGCAAUGCAGUUAAUUUUUGUCUUAAGUGGCGCGGGUGAAGCCGACGGGCAGCCUUGGGAGGAGGAGUCAGCUAUACGGGUCUCACCUGGCAAAGGUGUUGUACUUUCCGCACAUCAAGACACAGAGAUCCUGCUUUUCAUCUUGCCGAUGUUAAGUCAAAAUUGA